AUGUCUUUCCUUCUUAAUCACUUCAAGAUUCAUAUUUUCGUUACCUUCGUGAACUGUAACAAAGUCGAAUACUGUGGUGGCAGGUGCGCACAUUGCAGGGCCGAGGAGUGGCUUUCUUUCUACUUCUCUGGGAGCGCGCUUUUUCAAUGCACAUGCACUUAUAAAAGACAAUGUUUAUGGAUUUUCAAAGAUUCAACUAUCACAAGCAUAAUGUUAAAUUUUCAUCCAGUCAACAUCGCCUGUGUUGCCAUGGAAGUCACAUUGACUAGUGCUGAUGGAAAGUCUGUGUGUUGCAAUGCAGACAUCCUUGCUCGACACUCUGAGUAUAUUGCGGCGAUGCUACGUAGCCGCAUGUCUGAGAGCAAGAGUUUGCAGGUGAAAUUUGAGUACUUGUCUUUAGAGCAGCUACGCUGGAUUCGCGAUUAUGUGGGACAUUCGGCCAAAGACGAUAGGCCUAUUCUCACCUUUGACAAUGCAGCUAGUGUUCUAAAACCGGCUCCAGUGCCUCUUAUUGAGUGUGGAUCUUGUACAAUGGACAACAUAUUGUAUGUAGCUGGUGGACAGUCCAGGUAUACUAUUACUGGAAAGUUUGCUAAGAAAACUGUUUAUCGAUACAUUCCUUAUAGAAAACUAUGGCAGCAGGUGGCCGCCAUGAAUGAAUACCGGUGUUUAUUUUAUUUAGGGGUUUUAAACAACUGUCUCUAUGCUGUUGGGGGUAUAAACUGGACUGGAGUUCUUGGUAGUGUGGAGGUUUACCACUGUGAUCAAGAUGUUUGGCAAAGGGAUACAGAUUUACCAUAUCUUGUUCAUGAACAUGCAGACUCAGAAGCUGUGUCACCAUCUAGUGAUGAUGGCUACUUUCUUGUCUGUAUAAUAUUCUUUCUCAGAUUUUCCAAAUGA